UUCUUAACUGCUCUUCACUUAAGGAGCAUGGAGGUCUUCAGGGUCAGGAGAAAACACUGGGGUCCAAGGAGUCUGGGAAUGCCUGUGGGGAAGUCAAGACCUGAGGGAGCCAUGGAAAAUGAGUAGAAGAGGGCAGGCACAACUCGUGUUCACCAUUCACACCCCAGGGCCCGAGUGGUGCCCCCUGGAGGUGAGUGUCGCGCAGCCCAUGGGGUGGCGGCCCUAGCUCUCCUCCCAGGCUGUGCACAGGAGACCUGAGGAGGAGAGAGUGUUGUGUUAGUGAACCCGGAAUGUAACCUGAAGUCCAGAAGGAGAGAGCAGAGGAAGGGAAGGAAGCUAGCACUGAGGAUUUCGUGUGGCCAGUCUGUGUCCCGCGUUCCUCCACCUCUGCCCUUUUGUUACGGCCACCCUGGGGGCCAGGUGAAGGCGGGGGUGCAGAGAUGAAGCUGACACAGGUUACACGGAUGUGUAACACAUCCGAUGUGUGACACAGUCACACAGAUGGCACAUGGCCAUCUGCCAUCUGGCAGAGGGCAGUUUGAACCCGGAUUUGCUGGACUCCAGAGCCUUCCUCAUCCUCCCACCUUCGACGUGACUCACUGUACCCGAGAGGAGCCUUUGCUUCAAGUGCAGGAAGCCCGAGCGCGUUUCUGAACUUGCUAGCACAUUAUCCGAGAAUGAGUCUUUCUUAUUAUGCCUGGAGAUGCAUUUCUUUCUUUCAUUAAACACAACAAAACAAAGCUGGCAGUGCCUGCAAUUUGAUUUGCCCUUAAUGUGGGGAAAUAAAAAGACCUGUGUGUACUUAACAAGCAGAACCUGUUUUUAGUGUUUAGCCAGCUCCCGUCUGGGUGUUUUUUCCUUUAAGUAACUGCACCUCCUGGUACACCCAUCUAAGCCCCAACAGCUGUUCCCCCUCUUGGGUCCCCGUGUUGUGAGGCGGCACUUUCUCUCGUUUAAGGAAAGAAACCACGCGUGUUAAGUUACCCGUAUAAAUUGAUUGCACGAACGUGUUCAGUCAGAACAUAGAAAUGGCCUGGUUCUCCUGGAGACUUUGCCUGUCACACUGUUUUCCGGCUUCAUUCCGUCUUCCUUGAGAGCUGGUUGUACCCGGCCGCGAUGACACCGUACGGCGGCCCCCGGGAGACGUUGAUGCAUUUUGCCGUGCGGCUGGGCCUGCUGAGGUUGACGUGGUUCCUGCUGCAGAAGCCCGGUGGCCGAGGGGCCCUCAGCAUCCACAACCAGGAAGGGGCGACACCUGUGAGCCUGGCCCUGGAGCGGGGCUAUCACCAGCUGCACCAGCUUCUAACCGAGGAGAACGCCGGAGAACCAGACUCCUGGAGCCGUCUGUCCUAUGAGAUACCUUACGGAGACUGUUCUGUGAGGCACCAUCGAGAGCUGGACGUCUAUACGUUAACCUCUGAGUCCGAAGCGCAUCAUGAACCCCCAUUUCCUGGAGACCGUUGCACUGGACACAUAUUUAAACUUAGGAACAUCCAACAGCAGCUAAUGAAAACAAACCUUAAGCAGAUGGACAAUCCCAUGCCCUUAAUGGUGACAGCACAGGAUCCUUCAGGUGUGCCCGCUGCUCAGGAUACAGACAGCCAGUGUCUCUGCUGUGCAUCAGCCCCCAGGGACAGCCAGCAGCGCCCUCUUCCCGAAGACACCGCAAGCUCUCCGUGCUGCCCAGGGAGCACUGCCGGGGGGAUUGCAAGUUCCUGCGAUUUGUCAGGUGUGGCUAAGGAGGAGCACACAGACUGUUCCUGCGGGAGGAGAACUGCAGGCGUGGAGAGAAAAGGGGAAGAGGUGGAGGCAGCACGCGCUGCAGACUGCGGAGCCGCAUCUGGGCCCAGCCACUGCCUGCAGAGUGUGCCCGAUUGUGGAGGAAAGGGCGCAGGGGGCGUCCCCUGCUGUGGACUCAGAAACGGAGAAACUGGAACAGAAUCUGCCGCACUGGCCGCGGACCAGGAGUCCCCAGGCGCCGGAGACCACGUCCUGCAGGGAGACGUGGCCAUGCAGCCGAGCACCGCUGCCAUUCGGCAUCUGUCUGGAGGGGAGCUUGCAGUCGGCGUCCCAGUGACUGCUGGGGACCCAAAAUGUGAUCUCGGGAACACAGACACCCCCACCCAGAAGAACGUGCUCGAAGCUGGGGGGAGCACGGGCGAAGAGGUUGCCAGCUCUGGUGUCAGCACGGCUGGAGCCUGUGAUGGAAGAGGCCCGAGGAAGCCUACAGGUGAAGCCGGCGCUCCUCACGGCAUCCCUGCCACUGCUUCCCUGGAGGCUUCCAGACCUGUCGAGUGUUCACCUGCAGGCAGUAACAGAGAAGCCUCCACCGUCAAAACUGCAGAGACUGAAACUUCGCGAGGUUGUGAGGGGGGCGCUGGGGUUCCACCAAAUCCGAGCCCCCCAGUACUUGCAGCUGCAGCGGAAGACACGCCUGCCGAUGGGUUUGAGCCCUGUGCUCCCUUGGCAGGCGCAAGUGUGCCAGCAUCGCCCUCUGGCCUAACCUUUCCUGGGCCCCAAAAAGACACGGCAAACCAGGAGCCAGAAACGGAUUCACCUCCCAUCCAAAGCCCAAACGGCGAAUCACCCCUCUGUCCCCCCGCUGGAGGUGGCAAGCCUUGUGCUGUCUCCACGCGGCAGCAGGACAUGGUGACUUCUGGUGGUGUGUUGGCUGCAGAACGCUGUGAUGACAUAGUUACCCGGCCUGAAAGCCACCCAGGACUGCCCCCCACGCAGCAUCCACCCCCCGCCGCCUGCUGUGAAGGUCCACAGGCUAGCCCGGCCGCCCCCAGCCUUGUGCGAGAUACCCAGGAACAUGUGGCAUUUUGUCGUCUUGAAGUUUCGGAUACGAAGGGCCAAGGAGGAGACUUGAAAUUAGAAACCAACUCAACAGAUACGCUCGGGGUGCGUCCGCAUGCUGCUGCCCUCGGAGCCGAGAAGGAGCUGGUGCCGGACCAGGCAGUGACAUCAGACAGGGCUUUUUCUCUGGCAGGCGGUUCAGGCAGUGAAUCAGUAACCAAAGAUGACGCGUUUUCUCUUGUCCCCUCCCAGAAAGAAAAGGGAACAGCAGCUCCUGGACUGCACACGGCUCCAGACGGUAGAGAUGGCCCGGGCGGAGAUGCGAACGAGCCCCUAGAAGACGGCGCCGCAGGCCUGCCCGUGCCCUCCGCCGCUCUCCAGCUUCAGCCCAGCAUGGGGAAUACCAGUCCCACGGCACUUGGCGAGGAACAAGGGGGACCCUGCCUCUCAGCAGCCCCCGAAGUUCCGAAUCUCGAGGGCGGCGCGGACUCUUCUCUGCUGCCUGCGGGGAAGGCCACUGUGGCCUCCAGUUCCAUUUUGACUGAAGAAGGGAAAAAUCUGGUGCUUCCAGAAAGCUCUGACGCUCAGGGACAGGGUGGCAGGGAUAAAGCAGUGACUUGUUCCCCUGUUAAGGAAGACACUCUUUCCUUGGGAACGUUUCAGGAAGAGCGGAGAACACCACCUCCCGGACAGGAGGCGCAGGGACUCCGUGGAGAGCCCGGCUCCGCUGGCUGUGCCGAGGACAGAGCCCUGGAGCACGGCAACACGCUGGACACGCCCUCGGCCUGCCUUGAUGCAGAAACUCAGCAAAACAAGGAAGUGGCCCCACCAGUCUCACCACCGACUGAAGGUGGGGCUGCACAGAGCCUGGUGCCGCCGGGAGCCGGGCUGGCUGCAGCCCCACGCCAGGAAGCCCUGGGUGCAGAGCAGGGCAGCUCGGCUCCCUCGCCAGGGCUCUUACCAGAUGGGGCUGAGGCUCAGCCUUGCAGUCGAGCUUUUGCUCUGGAUGCUGGAGUGCAAAACCUUAACUCCCAGGGAAUGAACCCUGCUUGUGAGGUGAACGGAAAGGUGGCCUUGGAUGUCGCCGUGGCUAACGCUUUACCAGGCACCGCUGGGGCCGGGAGACAGGCCGCAUCACACAACACACAAGAACUCCCGCUUCCAAAAGCCUCGUUGAGCCAGGAGGAGAAUAUGAUCCUGGGGUCGCCAGGAGCUUUACCAGACAGAGGAGUGACUGACCCACAGGGCGCUGCGACUCCAGAGUUGCUCCCUCUCGGUUGGAAGGAAGCGGACCACGGCAGCAGCUUGGGCAGCUCCGGGGAGGCACAGGUGGACACCCAGGCACAUCACAUCCUACGGCAGCCUGUUGCCACAGAGGUCCCCCCGGAGGCCGGGCUCCCACGCACUGGUGACCAGGCCCCAGGCGGGGAAAGGAGCGCUGCCCCUCUGCCCUGUGCUGCGCAUCUGCCCGGGAGCGCCGACUCCAUCGAGGAGGCCGCGAGUCGCAUUGUGGAGGCCGUCCUAGAUCAAGUCAAGGCCUCGGGAGCACUCCUCACUGGGCGGGGGACCAGUCACAUGUCACUGUCCAGUCCUCCAGAGUCAGGCCCGGUGACCGAGCGGCCAGUGAGUGCCUCUGGAGGGAACGUGAUCGCUUUUGUGCCUGGGCAGACCCCACAAACGGGCAGUGUUCGUGAAGAAGUCCCUGGCAACCUCGCAGGGUGUUCGGCUGAAAGCAGGGAGCUGGAGAAGAUGAAUCUGCCUGCUGACGGACCUGAGCCGGCAACAGAAAUGCCAGACCUGAAAGCCGCCGACGAAGUGGAUUUUCGGAGUAAUGGGAGGACGGGCGUGGCCUCUGCAGAGGUGGCCGUGGGAGACGUGGCCACCACAGCAGAGAUGAAACCAGGCCUAAAGACCCAGGCGAUAAACCGGGAAAGCUGGUGUACAAUACAGCCGUGCCCUGAUGCAGCGUCUCUCUUGGCUCCCACACAGAGCCCAGGAUGUGACAGCUUCCUGGAUGUUGGACUGGCCAGAGAGUGUGCCUCAAAACCAGGUGUGCUCAAACGAGAAUCCGGAAGUGACUCUGACCUCUUUCAGUCACCCAGCGAAGAAGUGGACAGCAUCAUCUUCUCCAAGCCCGAGGAAGAGCAGUUGGUCUGUGAUAUCACCGGAUCCAGUUCUUCCACCGAUGACACGGCUUCCUUGGAUCGACAUUCCUCUCAUGGCAGUGACGUAUCCCUCCCCCAGAUUUCAAAUUUGAACAGGUCCAGAGAUCAGCAGUGUCUUGACAGCUUCUACAGCCAUGGGGCUGGAGCUGAGGGUCGAGAGAGUGAGGGCGAAGCUGCUGGCUCAGGUGAGAUGGACGAGGAGGAGAUGGACAGCAUCACCGAAGUGCCCACGAACCGCUCUGUGCUGAGGGGCUCGAUGCGCUCCCUGUCCCCUUUCCGGAGGCACAGCUGGGGUCCUGGGAAGAACGCGGCCAGCGACGCGGAAAUGAAUCAGCGCAGUUCAUUGCGAGUUCUUGGGGACGUUGUCAGGAGACCCCCCAUUCAUAGGAGAAGUAUGAGCUGGUGUCCUUCUGGUGUGCAAUAUUCUGCUGCCCUGAGUGCUGACUUUAAUUACAGAAGUUUCAGCCUAGAAGGCUUGACAGGAGGAGCCGGUGUCGGAAACAAGCCGUCCUCAUCUCUAGACGUAAACUCUGCAAACACCAAAGAGCUCAGGCACCCUUUCAGUGGGGAGGCGAGGGGUGACUCUCUGAUGUCGCUUUCAGAAGAGGAUCUGGAAUCAGGCCAGAGAGAACACAGGAUGUUUGAUCAGCAGGCAUGUCACAGAUCUAAACAACAGGGAUUUAAUUACUGUACAUCAGCCAUUUCUUCUCCAUUGACAAAAUCCAUCUCAUUAAUGACAAUCAGCCAUCCUGGGUUGGACACCCAGCCACGGAUGCAGCCAGCAAGGCGGGUCUCCUUCUCCGUCCGCAUCUCUCCACAUCUCCUUAAGUCUAAAACUCUCUUUUCUCUUGGCUCUUCUCACUCCAUUGAUGGCGAGGAGGAGUUGCGUAAUUCACGGCCUUUCCACAGCACCAGUGCUAACCUGACCGAGAGUAUAACAGAAGAGACCUAUAGUUUCCUGCCUCAGAGCCCCUCCAAGAAAGAUUUUGAAGGCAAGAGUGGAACAAAAGUCAGCCGCACAUUCAGCUACAUCAAGAAUAAAAUGUCCAGCAGUAAGAAGAGCAGAGAAAAGGAAAAAGAGAAAGAGAAAAUCAAGGAGAAGGAGAAAGAUUUGAAGGAGAAGGACAAGGACAAGAAGACUGUCAACGGACACGCUUUCAGUUCCAUCCCUGUUGUGGGUCCCGUCAGCUGUAGCCAGUGCGUGAAGCCUUUCACCAGCAAGGACGCCUACACUUGUGCAAGUUGCGGUGCUUUCGUCCACAAAGGCUGCAGAGAGAGUCUGGCCUCCUGUGCAAAGGUCAAGAUGAAGCAGCCCAAGGGGACCCUGCAGGCACAUGACACGUCUUCGCUGCCCACGGUCAUCAUGAGAAGCAAGCCCUCCCAGCCCAAGGAGCGCCCCCGAUCCGCGGUCCUCCUGGUGGAGGAAACUACUGCCGUCCCCAUGUUUGCCACUAGACGGUCACAGCAGAGUGUCUCACUCUCCAAAAGUGUCUCCAUACAGAACAUUGCUGGAGUCGGCAAUGAUGAGAACAUAUCAAACACCUGGAAGUUCCUGUCUCAUUCGACAGACUCACUAAACAAAAUCAGCAAGGUCAAUGAGUCGACAGAAUCACUUACUGAUGAGGGAGUAGGUACAGACAUGAAUGAAGGACAGCUGAUGGGGGACUUUGAGAUGGAAUCCAAACAGCUAGAAGCAGAGUCCUGGAGUCGAAUAGUGGACAGCAAGUUUCUGAAACAGCAAAAGAAAGAUGUGGUCAAACGGCAAGAAGUGAUUUACGAGUUGAUGCAGACAGAGCUGCACCACGUCCGGACGCUCAAGAUCAUGAGCGACGUGUACAGCCGGGGGAUGAUGACCGAGCUGCUCUUUGAGCAGCAGAUGGUGGAGAAGCUGUUCCCCUGUUUGGACGAGCUGAUCAGUAUCCAUAGCCAGUUCUUCCAGAGGAUCCUGGAGCGGAAGAAGGAAUCUCUGGUGGAUAAAAGUGAGAAGAACUUUCUCAUCAAGAGGAUGGGGGACGUGCUUGUAAAUCAGUUUUCGGGGGAGAACGCGGAGCGCUUGAAGAAGACGUACGGCAAGUUCUGUGGGCAGCACAACCAGUCUGUAAACUACUUUAAAGACCUUUACACCAAGGAUAAGCGGUUUCAGGCCUUUGUGAAGAAGAAGAUGAGCAGUUCCGUCGUGAGGAGGCUGGGAAUCCCGGAGUGCAUACUGCUGGUGACCCAGCGGAUCACCAAAUACCCGGUGUUGUUCCAAAGGAUCCUGCAGUGUACCAAAGACAAUGAGGUGGAGCAGGGAGAUCUCGCUCAGUCCCUCAGCCUGGUGAAGGAUGUGAUUGGAGCCGUAGACAGCAAGGUGGCAAGUUACGAAAAGAAAGUGCGUCUCAAUGAGAUUUAUACGAAGACAGAUAGCAAGUCGAUCAUGAGGAUGAAGAGUGGCCAGAUGUUUGCCAAGGAAGAUUUGAAGCGGAAGAAGCUUGUGCGGGACGGGAGUGUGUUUCUGAAGAACGCGGCAGGAAGGCUGAAAGAGGCUCAAGCAGUUCUCCUUACUGACAUUUUAGUUUUCCUUCAAGAAAAAGACCAGAAAUACGUCUUUGCAUCAUUGGACCAGAAGUCAACAGUGAUCUCUUUAAAGAAGCUGAUUGUGAGAGAGGUAGCGCACGAGGAGAAAGGUCUGUUCCUGAUCAGCAUGGGCAUGAGGGACCCCGAGAUGGUGGAAGUGCACGCCGGCUCCAAAGAGGAGCGGAACAGCUGGAUUCAGAUCAUCCAGGACACGAUCAACACCCUGAACAGAGAUGAAGACGAGGGAAUUCCUAGCGAGAGCGAGGAAGAAAAGCGGGCGCUGGACAGCAGAGCGCGGGAAUUAAAAGAACAACUUCAGCAGAAGGACCAGCAGAUCCUUCUCUUACUGGAAGAGAAGGAGAUGAUCUUUCGGGACAUGACUGAGUGCAGCACUCCCUUGCCUGAGGAGUGCUCCCCGACUCACAGCUCUAGAGUCCUCUUCCGCUCCAACACAGAAGAGGCACUCAGAGGAGGACCUUUAAUGAAAAGUGCAAUAAAUGAGGUGGAGAUCCUUCAGGGUUUGGUGAGUGGAAGCCUGGGAGGCACACUGGGGCAGGCUGUCAGUAGCCCCGUUGAGCAAGAAGGUACGGUUGGCCCUGUUUCCUUGCCCCGGAGAGCAGAGACCUUUGGAGGAUUCGACAGCCAUCAGAUGAAUGCUUCUAAAGGAGGCGAGAAGGAGGAGGGAGAGGAUGGCCAAGAUCUUAGAAGAACAGAGUCGGACAGUGGUCUGAAAAAGGGUGGAAAUGCUAACCUGGUAUUUAUGCUUAAAAGAAACAGUGAGCAGGUUGUCCAGAGUGUCGUUCACCUCCACGAACUCCUCAGCACGCUGCAGGGCGUGGUGCUGCAGCAGGACAGCUACAUCGAGGACCAGAAGCUGCUGCUGGCCGAGCGCGCGCUCAGCCGCGGCUCGUCGCGCCCCAGCUCCCUGGUGGAGCAGGAGAAGCAGCGCAGCCUGGAGAAGCAGCGCCAGGACCUGGCCAACCUGCAGAGGCAGCAGGCGCAGCACCUGGACGAGAAGCGGCGGCGCGAGCGCGAGUGGGAGGCCCGCGAGCGGGCGCUGCAGGAGCGCGAGGCGCGGCUGGCGCAGCGCGAGCAGGACGUGCGGCAGGGCCGCCAGGACCUCGACCGUGACCGCGACGAGCUGCAGUUCAAGAAGGGCGCCUACCAGUGCGACCUGGAGAGGCUGCGCGCCGCCCAGAAGCAGCUGGAGAGGGAGCAGGAGCAGCUGCGCCGGGACGCCGAGCGCCUUAGCCAGAGGCAGGCGGAGCACGACGCCUGUCAGGUGUCUCACCCUCACACCAAGCUGCUGAGGAUCCCAUCCUUCUUCCCGAAUCCUGAGGAGUCCCCCUUGCCGUCUGUACCUGCGAUAGCCAAAUCAGGGUCACUAGACUCAGAACUCUCGGUGUCCCCAAAAAGGAACAGCAUCUCUCGGACACACAAAGAUAAGGGGCCUUUUCACAUACUGAGCUCCACCAGCCAGACAAACAAAGUAGCAGAGGGUCCGAGCCCGGCCCCCGUGCCCGCCUCUGCCUCCACCCGCCUGUUCGGGUUAGCCAAGCCAAAGGAGAAGAAGGAGAAGAAAAAGAAGAAUAAAGGAAGCCGCUCUCAGUCUGGUGAUGGCCCUGCAUCAGAAGUGCCCACGGAGGGUGAAGAGAUCUUCUGCUGACCCUGCCCUCUGUCCCGGCCCAUGGCUGCCAGCUCCCCACUGUCCUGCCGUUCCUGGGUGUGCUCUCCUACCGUGGACGCCCAUGCCAGGAGACCAGGGCCCUGGACCAGGAACAGAUGGUCUCGAAUGUCAGGGUGGGGGGGGGAGGCCCGGGGCUGGUGGCAUUGGUGGCGGCCAAUGGCUCCACUGAGGAUGUUUCAGUGGUCUGGGCACUGGUUUGGGGCACAUCAGGAACUCCUAAAGGCUGAAAGAGGUUUCUAAAUAAGGCCUGAAGUUAUCCCUGCCUUUUAUUUGGGGGACACAUCAGUCCGACAAGCAGAUAGUGGGACUUUGUCCGUGUGCGUACCGGUACCCAUCUGCAUGGACACGUAGGGUCUGCCGGAAGCGGGCACCCUCCGUGGCAGGCGCCGGCUCGGCUCGGCAUAGAAAGUGCUGCCCAGCCUGCUCAGGUAGCAUGUGGGCGCUUGGGGCUCCCCCGGUCCUCUGCGGCGGUUUUCCCAGAACCUUACCCCGUGCACACCUCACCCCUUUUUGCAUGUAUUUCUCAUUUCAUUUUGGAAGGGAGGGCGAACGUUUGUGAAAACCAGUGAGAGAAGGUGUGAUGUGUUUAAAGAGCAUAUAUAUGUACAUGAUCUGCAGCAUCCUGAUUUGGGGAUUUCAGCUAUUUAAAAAAAAAAAAAUCUAAUUUCAACAUCCAAUCCAAAGAAAUCCUAUUCUGGCUUCCUGUUUUUCCUGCAUUGUGACACUUUUUGGUUGUCACUGACCCACAGCCUCCUGGCAACCUCCCAAGGGAAAAGCUACAGCUCCGGCAAUGAGGUUGUCCCCACCCCUGUUACCAGGACAACCGGCUGAGUAGGUUCAGGUGAAGGAGUUCAGCCCGUGUGCAGCAAUUUCCACAGUGUAGACCGAGGGAAGCCCAGGUGUGGCUCAGAAGCGUUUUCAUUCUGUCUUGGGGGCCUCGGCAGAAUUUGAUCUCUUAAAACCUUUUUCCAGUCUGAAGGUCUGUUGGUUGUUGUAGGUCACCCCUUGGAGGUGCCACAAAUGCUGCCUGGUCUUUGUCUUUUCCCCACCGUGGGUGAUCCAUGUCUGCUCGAGGCUCGUCACCAGCUGGUUAGAGCAGGACAGUUCGUGGAGUCCCCUCUGAGGCCCGUGUGCCUGCUGGAUUCACUGCUUCCCUGCAGGGGGACAGCCUAGAAAAGUCUGUGCUUUCAGUGCGCCCUUUGAUUCCUGCUUAGUGCCCCUCAGGAGCAUGGGUCUUGGGACAUACUUGUUGGAAAAGCAAAAUCUGUAACUUGGUGCUUGUUGAUGAAUUGCAAGCUGGCCUUGCAGAUGGAGAUAUUUAUCUUUCAGUUUAUUUGAAAGAGGUCUGCUUUAAAAUUUUUAGCUUAGAUUUGUUUAUUUAUUUGUGUGUGUGUGUGUGUGUGUGUGUGUGUGUUAAGGGUAAACAUACCAGCCCAACGGUUUCAGCUCUCCGAUCCACGAGGAACUUGAUGAGCCAGCAGUGCGGCUCACUCCUCAGUGUCUGUCCAAGUGCCUUGAGGGCCCAAAAGAAAAUUAAGGGUUGGGGCAGGGGUCCGUGUCCUUCCCUCCUCCUACCCCACCUCCCUUCUUUGAUCUAGGGUUGUCUUCCUUGCUUGAGAGUCGAGAAACGCCACCUGUGGGUUACAUUUGCCUCUUUCUGUCCUGGAGAUCUAGCCUUCAGAAACAGACUCUCAGAACCAAACCAACUAAUCUUUUGAACUACGAUGUACCCCCCCCCCCCCCACCCCUGCCCAAGACCCUAAGGUAGAGGAUUUCCUUGCACCAGCCCAUACAGCUAUGAGCUACAGCCCUGCCUGCCACGGUUCUCCUCCGGUCCACAUGGAGCCCGGCUGGCUGUCCUCGUCCCCAACUCAGGUUCCCCUCUGGGGCUCCACGUUCCCCACCCUCCCAGAAGCACUCUGCUGGGGGGAAUGGCCCCGGCAGAUGAAGCCUGCGUUCCUGCUCUGUGUCCACAAAGGCCAGGCCUCCCCAUGUACUCCCCACAGAGUCGCCAUGGACACUGGGCUUCUGUCCAUUGCUGCCCAGCUCGAUGGCGAUUUGAAGGUGCCUUUUACUCCCAAUCUGCUCGAAGGUUUAAGUUGUUUUGGUUGUUUUGGCUGGUGUUUUUUCCAGACAGAUUUCACCUGCCCCCACACCCCAGGAACUCCACUCGGUUGCGUUGUGGUUGGACCAGUGUGGAAUCAGAAUUGGAAAGUAGCUUCCUGCGUCCACCUGGCCUGCCCUCUCGCACAAUGUGGUCUGCAGCACAGAGAGAACUGCUUCCUAAGACCUGUGCUCUGACGUGCCUUUCUCCUCUUUCCCCCGUGAAACUGAACUCCGGGGGACGUUGUUGUGCUUGCAGAACUGCCUGGAUUGCUGCUGCUUGUGCUUGCGACCUGGAGAGCCGCUCUGGGGCCCGAGUCGUGAGCCCUCGUUUCCUGUGAGAAGGGGUUGUCUGCCAGGGUGGCUCCGACCCGGUGUUCCAUUGUGUCCCCCUGGUAGGGUACCACACUUGUCCACCAGGCUCAAGAAAGCAGAUGCCUGACGUUGCGUUUAAGUUUGGGGGGACAGAUAGAGACAACCAUCCAGAGUCCCCAGAUUUCCAGAGUCUAGUGAAUUUCCUGGAAGGAGGCUGCAUCCUUCUCAAAACUUCUAUCAUCUCAGAAGCUGUCAUCCCAGGUGGGUGACAUGUGCACUUUAACCGCUCUCAUCUGUCGGCUUCAUUUUUGAGACAAUCGGCUAUGUUCGUGGAGGCGGGGUAAAAACCUGCAGUUUGCCAUAAUUCAGCCUUUGCCAACAUUCCACUCUCUACCCCCACGAGAGCUGUCUGUGGGGCAGAAGUCAAGUUUGGGGGGUUGUUUUGUUUUUUGAAAAGGUACGAAUCCUACCUUUUUCCCUCUUACGUCUCAGGGUAGCACCACUGAAAGUUGUCCCUUCAAGAAUGUUCUCCCUCGUUAUCUUGCCUAACCCCUGGUAUCAGCACAAAAUUUUAAGACCCAUGGGGUUUGUUUUACCCUUAUGGGGGCAGGUGUUGGUGUGUGGGGGGUUGAUAAAGCAGGUUUUGCCUUAAGUGAAGGGUGGAAAAUCAUACCUUAGAAGCCAGGACUCGGUCCAGGAAUUGACGUUCACAGAAGUACUUGGUAUUUCAUCCCUUGGUCUCUAAAGUUGCUUUUCCGAAGCCCGUUCUUGCUUCCCGAGGACUUUGGUAUUUGCACGGGGCUGCCAUCCACCCCAGUGUUGAUGGGUGCACGGUUGUGCCCAGAGGGCAGCCAGGCCCCGCGCAGGGCUUGGAGAGCCUGUUCUAGUGAGUGGGCUUCAGUGACCGUAGACAGGGUGGUUUGGAGGGGACCCCAGACGGUGCUGGCCUCCCGCCAGUGCUCGGACGCCCUUGGGAUUUGGAAGCCCAGAAACAUCCCUCAGCUUAGAUGGUGGCAGUGGUUGAGAGAGACGUGUGGCCUGCCUGCCUUCCGGUUCCCAGCCCAGCGCAUCGUUCUCGCUGAUCUGCAGACAAAGAGGAGGGUUGCGGUUUGUGUCUUGAUUUUUCUUCCAGUGUAGCCUAACAUUCCUAGUCACCCAGGAGCUUUGGAAUCUACCACCUGCUGGCCAGGUUUUAGAAAGUAUUUUCAUGCUGCCAUAAAAGGAAAAAAAAAAAAAUAGGAAGGGGGGAAAAAAAAGGCUUUUCUUUCGUUGUAUCAUCUAAUUUAAUUUGUGCAAAGAUUGACAGGCCUUGAAUUACUUCUCCAUCUCGCUAAGGUUCAAAGCCGGGCAAACCCAACUGGCUAAAGUCCUCCGGCCACAGACCCUGACAACCUGCUCCACACACCCAGCCAAGCCCGGCCUGUGCUGGGGGUGCCUCGCUGCUGUCCAGCAGAGGGCGCUGCCCCCCAACCCGGCCUCUUCCCCUCCCAGAGACUCCCCCAGCCUGAGCUCUCCUGUCUCUUGCAGCCACCUGACAGGGAGCCGCCCGGUCAGCUCGCCCGUGGUCACGGUUUAGCCUGUGGUUUUCUGUGUCCUUACCUGCCGGGGGCGCGGGGGGACGCCCAGAUAUGCAGGAGGCCGACCCCCGUACACCUUAUACCUCUGCUUCUGUUGUUUUCAGAUGCUAUAUGAACAUUUCUAUGCUAGAUUCUUUGAAAUACAAAGGGGUUAAAACCCAGAUGCUGUAUAUUAAUUUGUAAUUAUGUAUAAAGUAAAACAGUUUUAAACUGUAAAAAUUUUUUUUCAGUGUGUUUUCUGGGAUUUUGCCACAGCAUACUGGCUUUGUAUUUUAUUUAUCUUCCUUUCUAGUUAUUGGCUUCAGACUCUACUUGUAAAGUCCCCUCCACCCUUUCAAAAAAAUAAAUGUCCCUUAAGUCUCAA